AUGAGCAGUACUGAAACUCUCAACAUUCUCAGUGAAAAAUUCGGCGACGGUGUCGGCGACUGGCACGGCGGAACAACCAUAACCCGGUCAUAUAAUAAGCCUACGUUUUUCCGGUAUGGAUAUGAUACACUGGUUAAAGAGUUGGGAGAUGGUUGUUUAAUCGUGCUUCCCAAAGACGUCACCGCACACGAAUGGGAGAAGAAAAUCCCGCUGACAGGUCCGACGCACGAUUAUGCAAUAAAGUCGCUGAAGGAAAGAGGCAUUUUAGAGGAAGCUGCCAGGAUAGAUGCUGAAUUUGUUGCAACUGCGAUCUUUCAGCAUUUGCACGUCUUGGCUGACGCGGCGAUUCUACAUCAGCAAUUUCAAAACCGUCCGAUUGACAACUUAGUUUCGCCUGUGCCAGGUCGUGCACCACCGAUCGCAGGCUACGUUUCUAACAAUGAACAUACAGAAGAAUUCGAUUCUCCAUCGCUUGAACAGGAGGCUCUAAACGUCUCCUUCUUUCCCUCGAAUUCAGGAACAAUGCAAGGCGCCGGAUCAACACAAGUUGAUAUGAACGGAAAUAUGCAAAGCCAACCGCGCAGAGGACGGGCUGAGAGAGAGAAAGACGCAGCGCGACAAAAUAUCCCCACGGCAGACGACACAUUCGACCCAGCGACCUUUGGGCAAAACCCCAACUUUCGGAUCCCCACGGCAGACGAGACUUUUGACACCGCUGACUUUGGGCAACGUGCCGUAAUGCAGUAUUAUAUCCCGCCAUGA